CGCCCCCACACACGGAUGGACCGCGCGAACCCGCCGCUCCGCACCCCGCCAAAUCCCGGCAGGCCUCACGCGGCUGACGCAGUUCCGUCUUCCGGCGGCCGAGAUGGAGUGGGGCGGGGCUGCGGUGGAGGAGACGCUGAGAUGCUGACGGGACCCGACCCAGAGCUAGCGGCCACCAUGGGCUUCUCGGGCUUCGGGAAGAAGGCUCGGACUUUCGAUCUCGAAGCCAUGUUUGAGCAGACGAGGAGAACUGCUGUGGAAAGGAGCAGAAAGGUCUUGGAGGCGCGUGCAAGAGAGCAGCAGGACCAGGCUGAAAAAGAAUUUAAAAGUUCAUGUACUGAUCCAUCAGCUUCAGCUUCAAGUGCAACAGGAGCUGGGUCCGCAUUAAAGCCAAGAGUCACAACUUGUAGUGAAAGUGAUGACAGUUCAGAUGAAGAGUUAACUGGUCCUUCCAAGGUACUCCAGGCUUCUGUUCAGAGUUCUGCUGGGGAUGAUGAUGAUGAGGAGUUCAUUGGGCCGCCGCUUCCACCGGGGUUCAAGGACAGUGAUGAUGAUGAUACAGAAGAUGAAGAUAAUAACCCUAUUAAGAAAAUUCCAGAUUCUCAUGAAAUUACACUCCAACAUGGAACAAAAACAGUUUCUGCUUUGGGAUUGGAUCCCUCUGGUGCCCGUUUGAUAACUGGUGGAUACGACUAUGAUGUUAAAUUUUGGGAUUUUGCUGGAAUGGAUGCCUCUCUCCAAGCUUUUCGGUCACUCCAACCUUGUGAAUGUCACCAAAUCAAGUCUUUACAAUAUAGUAGCACAGGAGAUGUCAUUCUGGUUGUCUCUGGUAACUCUCAGGCGAAAGUUCUUGACAGAGAUGGUUUCCCAGUAAUGGAAUGCAUAAAAGGAGACCAAUAUAUUGUGGAUAUGACCAACACCAAGGGUCAUACAGCAAUGCUUAAUUCAGGCUGUUGGCAUCCAAAAAUAAAGGAAGAAUUUUUGACAUGUUCUAAUGAUGGAACUGUGAGAACAUGGGAUGUUAACAAUGAGAAGAAGCACAAAAGUGUAUUUAAACCACGAUCAGCUCAAGGCAAACGAGUCAUUCCUACAACUUGCACAUACAGCAGAGAUGGUAAACUUAUUGCAGCUGGCUGUCAAGAUGGCUCCAUCCAGAUCUGGGAUAGGAAUAUGAGUGUACAUACAAAGUUCCACUGCAGGCAGGCCCAUGCUACAGGCACUGAUACUUCCUGCUUGACAUUCUCUUACGAUGGUACUGCCCUUGCCAGCCGGGGAGGAGAUGAUACUUUAAAGAUAUGGGAUAUUCGACAAUUUAAAAAGCCUCUUCAUUCAGCUGAAAGGCUGUCUAGCUUUUUUCCAAUGACAGAUUGCUGUUUCAGCCCGGAUGAUAAAAUACUUGUCACAGGGACCUCUGUUAAGAAAGGCGGUGGCAGUGGGAAGCUUUUCUUCUUUGAUCGGGGGACAUUUCAGAAGUUGUAUGAGAUAGAAGUUACUGAUGCGAGUGUCGUGCGUUGCCUUUGGCAUCCAAAGCUGAACCAGAUCAUGGUUGGUACAGGCAACGGACUGGCUAAAGUAUACUAUGAUCCUGUCAAAAGCCAGAGGGGAGCAAAAUUAUGUGUGGUCAAAACAAAAAGGAAAGAGAAACAAGCAGAGACUCUUACACAGGAUUACAUUAUAACACCUCAUGCACUUCCAAUGUUCCGUGAACCACGACAGCGAAGCACCAGAAAGCAGCUGGAGAAGGAUAGGCUGGACCCAAUGAAGUCUCACAAACCAGAACCUCCAGUAGCAGGACCAGGUCGUGGUGGCCGUGUUGGAACCCACGGAGGUACCUUGUCAUCAUACAUCGUCAAGAAUAUUGCACUGGAUAAGACAGAUGAUAGCAAUCCUCGAGAGGCUAUUUUACGUCAUGCAAAGGAAGCGGAGGAGAACCCAUACUGGGUUGCUCCGGCAUAUGCUAAAACGCAGCCAAAAACAGUUUUUGCAGAAGUGGAACCAGAGGAUGAUGAAACAGACAAGCCAGAAUGGAAAAAACGUAAAAUUUGAGGAAUUUGGUGUAAAGAAUAAUGAAGAACCAUUUGAAAUAAACUGUAGCAUUUAUUUCUUUGUUUUGUGUAGUGGAUCAAAAUUUGAAAGCAUAAAUUAUUUCAGUUUGUAAGUCUUGCUGCAGUGUGAAAGGAAUUGUAUUAUAAUGAAUUGUCAUAUCACAUCUGAAUUUUGUAGUAAGGAAUGGAGUGUAUGGUGCAAAGGAGAACUCUUCCCCAUUUGUUAUUUUAUGUUGUGAUUUAGGUAAAAAUUAUUCCUCUUUAUAAUUUUUAAUAGAACUCCGGUGACUUUCUUAUUUUGCCAAGUGCUUUUUUUGUUGCAAACUUUACUAAUGCUGUGUCACGACAGUGUUCAAUGAUUUUAAGUGUAUAAAUAAAAUAAUACAUUAUCUCAGGCUUCUUUUUAUUUUUUCUAGUAAGGUCUGAUGUUACCACAAAUAAACAGAACUUACAUUUUUAUUUCACAUUUAUCAAUGAGAAAUAAACCACUAGAAAUUUUUUCUAGUGUUUGUUCUUACAUAAAUUGCAUCCCUGUUAUGUAUGUGUAGUGUCCCACACUAGUGCUUUAUAUGGUUUUCAUUAUUCAAAAAUGUGAAAUAGGAAUGGACAGUCAUAUAUUAUACUUCAAUAAAAGCACUGUAUGUUUGUU